AUGUCUUUCCCCUUAAUUAAAAUAACCUUAGAAUUUCUCACGGCUUCUUUAAAUACACAUUUCUCACCAUUGUUUUCUCUUCCCCUUUGUUUGGAGAAUUUUUCUGUGAUGCUGAAUGCAGGUCUCGAAUUGGCGCGGCCGGACUGCUCCGCAACCGAGCUCUCGCAGUGGGUCGAGCUCGUGACGAAGCAGCUUGUCAAAGACUCACCCGAAGCUGAAAUCGAGUUGUCGUUCGAUCACGAGGCUCUCGAUGAAUUCAGGCCGAGAAAGAUCGCGAGGAAGAGCCCCGGCGUCUGCGACGAGCCAGUCGAAGCGGGGCUCGACCUGCUGACGAUUCUCCUGGAAUGCGCCGUCGCGAUAUCGGUCGACAACCUCGGCGAAGCCUACCGAAUGCUGCUUGAGCUGACCCAGAUGGCCUCCCCUUACGGCGCAUCGUGCGCAGAGCGCGUUGUGGCGUACUUUGCCAGGGCAAUGUCGAGCCGAGUGAUCAAUUCCUGGCUCGGCGCCUGCUCGCCUCUGAUCGACGUCAAGGCCGCCCACGGCGCGUUCCACGUGUACAACAACGUCACCCCGUUUGUCAAGUUCGCGCACUUCACGUCGAACCAGGCGAUCCUCGAAGCCGUGCAUACCCAGAACACGGUCCACAUCGUCGACCUCGACAUAAUGCAGGGCCUCCAGUGGCCGGCGCUGUUCCACAUUCUGGCGACCAGAGCCGCCGGCCCUCCCCGGAUCCGCCUGACGGGAAUCGGGACGUCGCCGGAGCUCCUGUCAGAAACCGGCAAGAACCUGUCGGGCUUCGCCCGUCGCCUCGGGAUGCACCUGGAGUUCCACGCGAUCAAUGGGAAGUUCAGCGACGUCCCCGAUGUCUCCGCGCUCCAAAUCCGGCAGGGCGAGGCCGUCGCCGUCCACUGGCUGCAGCACUCGCUGUACGAUGCAACGGGACCCGACUGGAAAACGAUGCGGCUCCUCCGACGGCUGCGGCCGCGGGUGAUGACGUUAGUCGAGCCGGAGAUCGGCCACGGCGGGUCGUUCCUCGACAGGUUCGUCAGCUCCCUCCACUACUACUCAACGGUGUUCGACUCUCUUGGCGCCGUCCUGCCGCCGGACGACUCGGGGCGGCACCAGGUGGAGCACGGCCUGCUCCACCGGGAGAUCAACAAUGUGCUGGCGGUCGGGGGCCCGGCCCGGAGCGGGGAGGAGAGGUUCCGGCAUUGGAGGAGCGAGCUGUUGAGGAAUGGGUUUGCGCAGGUCGCGAUGAGCCGGAACUCGACGGCGCAGGCGCAGCUGAUUCUGAAUAUGUUCCCGUUGGGCAACGGGUACACGCUCGGGCAGGGCGACGGGACUCUCCGGCUCGGCUGGAAGGGCACCGGCUUGUACACGGCGUCGGCCUGGACGGCGCCGGAGCCAGCGCCGGCGACGGUGCUUGACCUCAACCCGCUGAUCGGAUAAAUACGUAUAGAUAAUACGUACAUACAUUGAUAUAUAUAUAUAUAUGUGUGUGUGUGUAUGUUGUUGCUGUCGUAAUGAAAAUCUUGGCUUUUAAGGUA